AUGACAGUGACACGUAAUGGUGAUAUUAUUAUCUUGAAUGGUACCAAUUUAAUAUCAUACCGAGAUGGUCAAAAAUACCGGGAGAUAAAAUUACCGGUAGUUGGUAAAAGCUUAUCAGCAUUUGCAAAUGAGGAAGACUUGGAACGGAUCAUUACGCUUGGCAGAAGUAACGAUGUAUUAUUUGUAUUUACGAAUGAUUUAAAACCAAUUGAAGAAAUAUAUUACAAAAAUGAUGCUAAGGAAACAUGUAAUUUUGCUAUUUUGCAUCAAAAAUAUUAUUAUAUAAGCUGCCAAAAUGCUAUUUUGCAACUUUCAGAAGUUAGUUUAUUCAAAUUUUUGAAUGCUUAA